AUGAGUUCUGAAAGUAGUGAAGAUGAAUAUAAUCCUAGUACUAAUCGUGAGAAUCGAACUGCAAGAAAAUCUGUCUCACAGCCCGUUCAAGCAUACCAGACCAGACGACAAGCGGCAAGAAAAGCUAGCAAACUCCUAAAAGCCGACUCGGAGAACAAUAUGACACAUUCCGAUAUUAGGAGAAGAGAUAAAAGAAAAUUAACAAGGAAAGUGAGUAGUAGUACUACAUCUAGUACUGCUAGUACUGUUCGUAGACCUGCUGGGGCAGUGUACGAUGAAAGCGGAGUAUACAUUCACUUAGAUGUCGAUAUGUGCGAUUGCCUGAAUGAAGAUUGUGUAGGGUGUUUCUUUGAAUGUCCUAAAUGCCAAUCGGAGAAAUGUGGCAAGGAUUGCAGAGUUCACAGGAAAUUCUUGGUAGACCAAAUUGAAUAUAAUGGUUAUGACCAUGUCAUUAAAAAUCCCUUGAUAAAAAAUUAA